AUGAGUUUGUUCGGAUCCUCCACUGCUAAUCAGGCGCAGCCCGCACAACCUUUCACUUUCAACCUGAGCAAUCCGUCCUCAAGCCAGCCGGCCGCUUCAACGUCCACAUUUGGCCAACCACAGACGCAACAACAACAACAGAGCAGUCUACCAAGUUUCAACUUCGGCAGUCAAAAAUCGCAGCCUCAGCAAACAGGUGGCCUGUUCGGCAGCUCUACACAGACUCAGCAGGGUGGCGGUUUAUUUGGAGCCAGUACGCAACCUCAGCAGCAGGGUGGAGGGCUGUUUGGAGCCAGUACGCAGCCUCAACAACAGUCUGGGGGCCUCUUUGGCACAUCACAAUCUCAGCAACAACCGGGCGGGCUAUUUGGCGCUCCAACCCAACCCCAACAACAGAGCGCAUUCGGGCUUGGUCUGUCACAGCAGCAGCAGCCGCAGCGACCUCUCGACCAGACGCUGAGAUUCGGUCAAUCACAACAGGGGCAGCAACCAGGGGCGCAGUCACUAUGGGAGGAAGGACGCGGCUUGAAUGUCUUCAGAUCAAUACCUGUACAGAUGAACAUUGUCAAGAACAAAUGGGAUCCAACCAGUCUGUCUUCCCCGCUGCGGACAUACCUGUACCAGCAUGUGGAGAGUGAGACAGACGCACUGAAAUACCGCCCGGGGCCAGGAGAAGAUGAAGACAAGUGGGAAGAAGCAGUUUCCAAAAGACCGGGACCUGACUGGGUACCUCUUCUAGUCCAAGGAUUCUUUCAAUUGGGGCGGAAGGCUCAAAUACAAAUGGAGGCCGUUCAGAGAUGCAACAUGAUGCUGCAAGAAAUAAACACCUCACUCGACGUCCAAUUGGACAAACACCGCCAAAACGUGGCUACACGACUUGAAGAAUGCAAGAGAAGACAGGCAGCUGCAGCUCAGCGGACACUGGCACUGGCGGUUAAAGUGCAAAUCCUGCGCAAUCGAGGCUAUGUGAUGGACAAUGCCGAAGAGGAAUUAAAAGCGAAACUGGAGAAGCUGCAACGCGAAGUCUUUGACCCCUCUCUGAAUGCCCGAGAGCAGGAGGUCUGGGCGAGGAUGUUGGGGAUUCGAGAACGCGCAAAGAGACUAAAGUCUGAGAUGGAAAAGCUUGCACCAGCGGCUUCUGCUAGUGGGGAAGACACAACAUUGGAUGAGGAGACGAUCAAAGCCGCCAGAAAGACACUAGAAGCCUACGAUAUCCAACUACGACAUCUGCAGAAAGAACUGGAGCUUGUGCAGCAAGAGUUUGACGAGUGGGAAAAGAUUUCCAGAGAUAGAGACAAUGAUGUCCCUCGGCGGAGGUGA